CGUUUACACACCCCCGCACCACAACACCGGAAGACGGUGAAUAGCAUUUGGGCUGGGACGUCUCGCUGCUGCAGUUACUAAACAAAUCCCACGGUUCUUUAGGAGUCGUGGGAAAUGGCCGUGGCCAACGACGGCACCUACGACACUCUGAAGCGAGCACCCAGCUACUCAGGCUCCUACACUGUCUCCCUGUCAGGAGAUAGUGCCUUCUCUAUUGAAGACCUCGGCUCCGUGGACAUAGAUGCCAUUGUCAACAAGAGAUGGGUCCUGGAUGAAGUCAUAGGCCAACUCCAGUCUCGUCUGGCCAUACUAUCAGGAGGGGAGGGACAGGAGAGGUGGACCAAUCAUAACCCUGUAUGCCACCGAGGCGGCUGACCUUCGACCUUUCAACCUGGGCAAGAUUCUGUCCUACCUCAGCAAAGUCCCCGAUGAGGCCAGUCCAAGGAUCAAGGGUUCACGUAUGCGCGCAUGCCCAGACGUCUAGCGUGGACUGUCGACCUGAAACAUGCAUGCAAGAGUCUCCAACUGGACGUCGUUGUGAGCAUAUCCACGCAGCUAUCUCAUCGUCAAAACCGAGGUCGUUCUGGCAGAGACAGAAAGAACCGGAGUGAACGUCUCUCUCAAGAAGGGAAAAUACGGCUCUUUUCCUGUGAGUUUAUAGGACUGUCCCUUCUCUCUUUGUUUCAAUUGUUUUUCCAUGCAU